AUGUCAUUUACUAUCUAUGUCAAACAAGGUCCAAACAAAUGGGACGUAACUGUGGAAGUCACAGAAACUGUUUCUGAUCUAAAGAAAAAAAUAGCCGAAGUCUCUUCCAUCCCAGUGGAAAACCAACGUUUGAUUUAUUCUGGUAAGAUCCUUAAAGACGAUCACACUUUGGAAUCUUAUAAAGUUCAAGAAGAGCACGUCAUACAUUUAGUGAAAUCCGGAGGCAAUAACCGCGCAGGGGCUUCUUCUAGCACCGCAGCCACUACAUCAUCAUCAUCUUCUUCUUCUACAGCCACCACCACCACUAACAACAACAACAACAGCUCUGCUCCUCAUAAUUUAAGUGCCGGUCAAAAUGCUGGAUUUAAUCCCCUAAAUGAUUUGACUGGAGCUAGGUAUGCAGGUUAUGGAUUGAAUUUACCUAGUGUAGACAUGUUUGGUCCAGACGGUGGGUUGACGGAAUCUGGUCCAAACCAAGAAGAUGUAUUAAGAAUGAUGGAGAAUCCAAUCUUUCAAUCUCAAAUGAAUGAAAUGUUAUCUAAUCCACAGAUGAUAGAUUUUUUGAUCCAAUCUAACCCUCAAUUACAAGCAUUGGGUCCUCAAGCUAGACAAAUGUUCCAAUCCCCUAUGUUUAGACAAAUGUUGACUAAUCCUGCCAUGUUAAGACAAUCUAUGCAAAUGGCAGAAAUGAUGGGGUUGAAUCGUGGAAUGGACGGAUUUGGAUCUGUUAGUAAUAAUAACAACUCCGAUUUUCCUGCCCCAGGUGGUGAAGACACCACAACAGAAACAAACAACAACAACAACAACAAUAAUAAUAAUAGUGCAACAUCCACAAAUAACAAUACUCAAUCACCAUCCAAUAAUAUGGCUCAAAAUCCAUUUGCAGCUUUAUUAAACCCAUCGUUAAACCCAUUUGCCAACCUUUCAAAUAUUAACCCUAAUUCUAACAACACAAGCAGUAAUAACACAACAAAUAACAAUAAUUGGUCCAAUUAUGCAUCUUUCUUAGAAGCUAUGAUGCCACCAGUACAACAACAACAACCAGAAGACACCAGACCACCGGAGGAACGUUAUGAACAGCAGUUAAGACAAUUGAACGAUAUGGGUUUCUUUGAUUUUGAUAGAAAUGUAGCCGCUUUAAGACGUAGUGGUGGUUCUGUUCAAGGUGCCGUAGAUGCCUUAUUGAAUGGUUCUGUAUAA